GGACACAUGUCGACCAGCGGAAAAGAGACUGGAAUUGUGCAAUCGGUCAUUCGCGCGGAGCGAUAAAAAUGUUUGCAUAUGAAAAUACACGUGGCCUGGAUGUUGUGGGCACUGCUACCGAUGAUAACAGCGAAACAAUUCAAUUAUGGGAGAGUAAAGUUCGAUUGUAGACAUCGAAUGUCAGCUCAGGACCGGUAUUCAUGGGAGAAACCACAUUUAGACAGUUACCGAACGAUUGAUCCACAUGACCUUGAGGAUCCCAAUGUUGGCGUUCUUCGUCAGGAAGACUACGCAGGCUACCAAUCAGGAGUAGCAACAAUGGACCUGACAGUGGUGCAGUCUCAGGUUGUGCGAGACAAUGCAGCAGACAGCACUGGAUUAGAAACCAACGUGGAGUCCCGGGUGCAGGAUCAGCACGUCCUGGACGAGAGUCACGACAAGAAGACGGUGACAAUAGUGAAGAACGUAGCAGAGCCUUAUCCCGUCGAGAAGAUAAUCCACUAUCCAGUGGUGAAGAAGAUUCCCUACCCAGUUAAAAUCCCAGUGCCAGAGCCCUACCCAAUCGAAAAGCCAAUUCACCACCCAGUGAAGGUCAUGAUCAAAGUUCCAGUGAAGAUUCCCAAACCGAUUCCGAUCUACAAGGAGAUACCGUACGCUGUCCAAGUGCCAAUAGAGCGACGAGUCCCAUACAAGGUCUACAUCCCAGAACCAUUUCCAGUCGAACGAAAGAUUCAUUAUGAAGUGAAAGUACCAGUACCAGAGCCAUUUCCAGUGGAGCGUAACAUACCAGUUGCCGUGAAGAUUCCAAUCGCUGUACCUCAACCAUUUCCAGUUGACAAAUUGGUCCAUUAUCCGGUGGAGGUCAAGGUCGAUCGGCCAGUUGCUGUACCAAUACCGAAACCCUAUGCUGUACCAGUUACAAAACCCGUGCCUUAUCCAGUUUACAAGACAAGAUAUGUACCGUACGAGGUCAAGGUUGACAGACCAGUUCCAGUGCAGGUAAUCAAACACGUACCCUAUCCCGUUAAGGUGCCAGUACCCCAGCCUUACCCUGUCGAGAAAGAGGUGCCCUAUCCUGUUUACAAAAAAAUACCGUAUCCCGUUGAGAUACCGGAAAACCGACCCGUUCCAAUUGCAUUGGAGAAGAAAUCCCAACACGUUGAUAAGGAGGUUAAUGUCAAUGCUGGUAUUACUCAAGCGAUCAUUGAAAAAGGAAAGGCUAUGUCGAGAAAUUACCUGGAUGCUAUGGCUGACGAUCCAGGGGCUGGGGACAAGUCUGAUAACAGUGAUGAGGUGAAAGAGGGAGGUGCUCAUGUUACAGAUAGCAACUAGGGCAAGACAGAGAGCCUCUUCACGUCCUUUAUUUUUUUUCUCAUUUUUCCUCCCCUGUAUCAUUAGGGCACUGUGAUUCGCUGUAAUUCACUGAGUGCGUUCGGGAUAAUGACGAGGUAUUAUGCCAAUCAGUGGCACUUGUUUCCAGCACUUGUUCAAGCUCCACGAUGAUCUCUAGUCAAGAGAACGAGAUAUCCCAAUUGUCGGUGCUGAUGAUAUUCUUUGUUUUGUUAUCUUUAAGGAUUUCGUAAUUGGAGUCAAUUCCAAUUGUCUUUGGUAAUUUGAAGAAAGUUUUGUUUUAUAUAGAAAAUGAACGUUUGGAAAUUUCUGAGAAACAGAGAAAUUGAUUUUAAGAGUCUAGGAAAGAUCGAUUGGCGGUAAAAAACUGGUAUAACGAAUAGUAGAAAUAGAGGAGUUUGAAUGUUGUGGACUUGCUGAGCCAGUGGAUUGGCUGAAUUACUGAAACUAUAAAGUCGAUAAUGGGGUAUAAUAGUACCCAUGAAAACAAUGGAGGCAAUGCUCGAUCUUCUUGGUAAGAGGUAAAUUACAGACAGUGAGACAACAAAAGUCAUUGAAUAUUAUUUUACAAGUGCAUUUGGGGAAAGUACAACUGGUAUAAAUAUUGCUUGUAACCGAUCAUCUGGCAACUAGUUUAUUGUUGGAACUUGUGGGAUUAGGACACAUUUUGACAGAUCGUCCGUCAGUAUGAGAGACAGAAAUCUGGUUCGUACUCUUAUAUUCAUUUACCCAUUUCAUGUAGUAUUUAUUGUUGAUCGAUCACGUAUGAAUAAAUUAUGUGAACAUCUUAGUUUGAAUCUAUCUACGAGACAAAUCUCAUCAAAAAUUCAAUGUUGUCAUCUCUUAUUAAUUAUUGAAAAAGAAAUUUCCUAUAGCGAUCUAAAAUGUCCACAAUCAUUCGCCCGUAGUCUGUAAAUCAUUCGUCUAUCAAAUAGUCUAAAUCCCUCUAAAAAAUCCUACAAAAUAUGUCCACAGAAUUUUUUCAUACGAAUCAUAUCCCCGAACCCAUCAUUUUUAUGUAAUACAACCAUGUAUUUAAAUAUUGUGACAUAAAACGAUUAAAACCCGUUCACUCUGUCUGGUUUCUCCAAAAACUCAAAAAAUUGCUCAACUCAUUACGAAUUGAUGAGUCUCUAAAAAAAAAAGCGCGAAUAAAUGUAA